CACGACUUUAACGGAGGUCGAUCACAGACAGAUGCUGAGCUGUAUGGAAGUUAGGUCCAAAAAAAAAAAAAACACAUCAGCAAAAGGUCGAAUAGUAGAAACAUUGGAACAACUAAGCGAUGCAACAUUGCAGCUUCACUAUUUUGUAACAGAUCUGACAGUCCCUACAGAAUUUCCGCCUCAUUAAAAACCCAACUCAUUUGAAAUUUGGUUUCUUCCCUUUAUCCUCAACAAAUUGUAUUCCUUAUUGCUUCGCUUGUUUGUUUUAUUUUUUUACUUCCCUACGGGAGGAAGAUUUUACAACCUUCAAAUGCAAAUCUUGCAAAGGUAUUUCACUUUCUGCAACUAUUUACGGUAACGAUAUGAGUUAAAUAUUGCUAAUUCAAACUGAUCUUAACGAGUCACCGCAUUUGUUUUAUUCUCAGAGUGGUCCAGUUUUCCAUCUACUUUCUUGCCAUGAGGCAAAUGGCUUUGAGUACCAACUGACAUUGGCCACGGGAGUGUGGAAGAAUUCUGGGACUGAUGCUCGUAUCGUUAUCAUCAUUCAUGGGAACGAGGCGCAGAGUGAACCUCUGAUAUUGCACAAAAGCACAAUAGACUCAAGGACGUUGUUGGCGCGUGGAAACGAGGAUACAUUUAGGAUUCACCUGCCAAUGUCACUGGGUGAAAUUGAAUACAUUCGCAUAUGGCAUGAUAAUUCGGGAAGAGAUCCUUCAUGGUUUCUAAGCCAUGCGAUUCUCCUGGAUCUUCAGACGGGUAGAAAAUGGACAUUUUUUUGCAACGGUUGGUUUGCGCUGGAGAAAGGGGACGGUAAAAUAAACAGAAUUUUAACUCCUGUUGGUUCGCAGGAGAUGCAGACGUUUAGUUAUUCUUUGCGAUCGCAAGGCUCCAGAGGUUUUUCCGAUGGACACAUUUGGCUUUCAGUUGUUACUAAGCCACCGAGGAGUAAAUUCUCACGUGUCCAAAGAGCUUCUUGUUGCCUUUGCAUACUGUUGUCUGCGAUGUUAGCAAAUGCCCUGUUCUACCGGACGGACAAAGAGCCAGAUCCAACUCUACAAAUUGGUCCGUUAAAAUUCAGCUGGAGACAAAUAAUGGUGGGAAUUGAAAGCGCCCUGAUAAUAACUCCAGUAAACUUGAUGAUUAUGACAUUUUUCAAGAGGAGUGGCGAGAAAACUCCAAAUAAAGUCGACGUGGAAAAACCGAAAAACAGUCCUGCUCCCUUUUGUGACAAGUUGUCAACUACCAGUUCAGGUGAUAUUCACGACAUUGAUGUAACGCUAAACGAAAAGAGGUCUUACUUGGAUAAAAACUCCCAAAGUCAGACUGAUGCCAAGAAGAAAUUUAUGCUCCCUCACUUCUUUAUCUACGUUGCUUGGUUUUUGGUCCUUGUUACUGUUUCUGUGUGCGCCGUUUUUACGUUCUUCUUCAGCUUGCAGUGGGGAAAGGAUAUUUCGAACCAGUGGCUUUCCUCAAUGUUUGUGUCUUUCACCCAAGACCUAUUUGUUCUACAGCCUUUGAAGAUAUUGCUUAUCAUGGUGUUAACAGCUUCUUUGUUUCGCGAUAAAAAUGAAACUGAAACUGUCAGCUACAAUAGUGAAGAGAAACUGCAAUCACAAAUAAAAUCUCACGGCGGCAAUCAGAGUGUUAAAGUAGAGAUGCCAAAAGAGGAUGACCUCAUACUCUCAAGAGAGAACAGCACAAAGGAGGCAAAGAUGUUUUCCUUUUUGAGAGAGCUUCUUGGAUAUCUUCUGUUUCUCUUUUUGCUUAUAAUUGUGUGUUACGGUAGCAGAAGUUAUCAUGGAUAUCUCAUGACUAUGGAUCUAAAAGAUACACUUGGCAACUUUUCUUUGGUAAGUAGCUCUGAAUCUUAGGGUAACCGACUGACCCGGUCAGUGUAAACGUCCUUAUUCGAACGUCAUGGUGAUAGGGAGACAGGAAUGAGGCAGUGAUACGAUCAAUAGCAUUCAGCGGCCGGGGCCUGGGUUUGCCUGGUAUAGAUGAAGAUAUGGGACGUUUUUGAAUUUUUGUCAUUACUCCGAAAGUUCCACCAAGCGCAUUUAAAUUUAGCUAAACGCGAUAUGAUACUAUUAUAUUCUAUUUCAAAGCGAGAUUUAACUACUGAAAAUUCCCUAUACGGAAGGCGAAGUUUAUUUCGGAGGUGGCUAUUACUUAGCUGCACUUAAACACCUGGAACCACACACAUUCAACUUUUAAUUUAUCACGUUAUAAUUACGCAGAAUAUUUCUCUUCCUUCCUGGUAUGUGUGUCUUUUGGUUCGUGGUCACUGCACAUUUUAGAACGUUUUUUUCCUGCCUAGGCUUACAAUCCUCCGUAUUUCUGGAAAUGGCUCGACAUUCAGUUUGUGGAUGGUGUCUACGGCAGCAACUGGUACAACAACGACAAAAUCAAAAAGCAAGAGUACAUUGGUAACAAGAUGUCUAUUCUCUUAGGAAUGCCUCGCUUGAGACAACUAAGAAUAAAGAAAGGUAAGUAUGACAUUUUUUGAGAACUUUCAAUCUUAUAAUAUAGAACUGGUAAAAAUCAUCGUCGACGGUGAACCUAGGAGCUAGAAAAUUGUGGUGAUUAUUUAAAACAAAGUUCGCAACUUUUUUUCUGUUUUUAGUGCAAAUAUAGCAAAUAUUAGAACCUAAAUCAUGGAGAAGAAAAGAAAGAGAGGGAAUAAAGGGAAAAAUCGGAUAAUAAAAGAAAUAAAAGAAUAAAGAGAGGGUAGAUUCCUCUGAUUAUAACAAUGAAAUCUUUGCUCAGUAAUUUACUUUUUUUUUUUUAUCAGAUUCUUGCAUUGUUCCAAGGAGAGUACGAGACAUCAUAAACAGGGGCUGCUACGACCUCUAUAAUUUCGAUGAAGAGGAUAAAACUCCUGCAAACCUUCCAGGCUGGGAACCCUUCAGUGGUUCUGUAGAAUGGGCAAAUUUUUCCGAGCUAUGCCCGGUACCAUGGCAAUAUGUGCCAAACGAGGAACUCUCACCGAGCUGGGGUUACUUCGAUGUUUAUGACGGAGGUGGCUAUGUUGCAGAUCUAGGCUACAAUAGCAGUACAGCUCAGGCAGUCAUCUCCGACUUGAUAGAAUACGGUUGGAUCGACCGGCAGACCCGCGCUGUCCUACUUGAGUUUACUAUCUAUAACCCUAACACGGGCUACCUAAUCAUUUCAGCGUAUCAUUUUGAAAUAUUGCCCACAGGGUACGGCUAUCCUUUUCCAAAGAUAGACACUCUUCUGCUGACAAGUACUGAAACAGGCUUUUACGAGUUUUAUCUGAUUUGUCAGUUGUUAUUUAUCAUGAUGGCAUUCGUCUUUUUCAUCGUAGAGAUGUACAAGCUAUAUCUAGCUAAGUGGACUUAUUUAAGAGAUGUGUGGAACUGGGUGGAAAUUCUACGAAUAUUUAUGUCGGUACUGGUCGUGGUAUUCUACAUAAUUAAGUCAAAGCUGAUGCUUAAACUCGCUGCUAUUGUGAAGGAAAACCCAUUCGCCACCGUUAGCUUUGGAGAAGCCGUUACCUGGAGCCAUGCAGAAACCACUGCUUUAGCCAUUGCAGCUUUCCUCACAACCUUGAAACUUCUUCACAUAAUUCGCUUUAAUCAGCACGUCUCCAUAAUGAUGUCCUCAUUUCGCGUUUCUAGGAGUUUAUUGUUGUCUUAUUCUGUGAUUUUUAUCAUUAUUUUUGUCUCAUACGCUCAGAUGGGGAAGCUGGCAUUCGGCGACCACAUUCAUGGUUACUCAUCAGUCUACAAUGCAUUGUUUUCUGAAGUUAUCAUGUGCCUUGGCGGCCAAAUGAGAUUUCAUGAGUUAAUAGGAGUUCAUCGCUUUUUGGGUCCUUUAUACGGUAUUUCCUUCCUUGCUCUGAUGUCCUUCAUUUUUAUGAACUUUUUCGUGGCAAUUUUGAACGAUUCUUUUGAAGACGUCAAAAGCAACACUGAUAAACAAUCCAAAGAAUUUGAGAUGGCUGAUUUUAUACUAGAGAGAGUAUGUGAUAUGUUAGGAAUUAGCAAACGAGGGAAAGAUGCGGGUCAGAAUGCCUCAGUGAGGGAGGAUGACGCAGCUUCUACCAAUUCCCAGGAUAACUUCGAUUUUCCACUAAGAGAAACGUCCGAGGAAAGCGGCUCAAAACCUAACGAAAACUUGAGCGCCAAAGUUAAGCAGACAGCCAUUAAAAAAUCCCCAUCACAGCAUUUGGCAACCAAGUUAGAGUUCAAGAGACCGAUUAGUCCAAAAUCUUCAAAAAGAACGCCGGAAACACCCGAAAAGGUUUCUUCGAGUGAGCUUGAUUUGGAUUCUUCAUUAGAACAGCUGUUUGAAAGGAUUGGUGUGUUGGCCGGUGAUCUCGCUAUGGAAGAUGAACAACAGGAUGCAAAAUUGCUCAAUGUGAUCAGCCAGAUCCUUAGAAACAAUCAUGAUAUUCCAUGCCAAAGAACGUCAUCUAAACUACGUCAGAUCGAAGAGUCUUACUCGGUACCCAUCACUUCACAAGACAACACUGAAUAUAACAGGAGCAGUGAGUCAAAGAAUUCUUCCGAGGAAGAAAUUAUGAAAUUUAUUAGACGCAGAUCAACUCGCGAGCUACCAAUCCACUUAAAAGUCGGAAGUUUUUACCAUCAGCCUCAAAAUAAUCGAACCGGUGGUAAAUAAGAAAAAUAGGCUAAUCAAUUCUGCUGUAAAAUUGUGUUUUUCAUGGAUACAUAUUUAGCUUAUCUCCAUCUCAAGAAGAGCUCCAUUAACAAAGGUGUUCAACAUAUGAACGAAAGUUUUAAGAAUUAAACCAUUAAUUUCUCAACAUCUAUUCUGAGUGCACAAGUGUAAGGAUCAGUACAGUGCCUCGUUUGAAAACCAGUCUCGCUUGAACUACAUUUUCCAUUUUUCGUCUAAAAGGGGGAAUUUUAUUAAUUAUUAUGACUAUGUAGAAAGAUUGUAUAGGAUUUAUCGACGCACCAAUUAAUAAAUUCUAAUAAAACCAUAUUUCAAG